GAACUGUGCAUUUUUUGUACCCUACAAUUACGUGUUUUACUAUCAUCCAAGCAUUCAAAAAGCAGGGUCUUAUCUUUUGGUCAAUCUGCUACUCCAUCCAUAGUCACACAGAUCACAGAUCAUUCUGGUCUUACUCUUACCCUCCAGUUCUCAGUUCUCACAAAAACUAGCGUUCAUUCAAUUCUCACUAAUUAAGAAAUGGCGGAAGGAGUUUUGUAUGACGUUGCUGCUGGAAUUAUCGGGAAAGCAGGCAACCUAGCACUCAAAGAGAUUGUGCUCAUCUGGAGUCUCAACGACGAGAUUACCAAACUUGGGGAGACAGUUUCUAUUAUCAAAGCUGUGCUUCUGGAUGCAGAGGCGAACCAACACAAAAGUGAAGUGAUCAAACUGUGGCUGAAAAGCCUUAAGGAUGCCAUGUGUGAUGCGGAUGACUUGCUGGAUGAAAUCUCCACUGAGGCCUUGCGACGGGAAGUGAUGACCCGCGACAAGAAGGCAAAAGAGGUACGCAUCUUCUUUUCCAAAUCUAACCAGCUUGCAUACGGUCUUAGAAUGGGUCAUAAGGUUAAGGCCAUGAGGGAGAGGUUUGAUGCGAUCGCAGCUGUUAGGAACAAGUUUGGCUUAGAAGAAUGUCCCGAGGAGAGACAAGUUCGGUAUAAGGCAAGAGAGUCUUACUCUCAUGUACAUGCUGAAGCUGUUAUAGGGAGGGAGGAUGAUAAGAAGGCUAUUAUUCGAUCUCUGUUGAAUGCCAAUGCCAAAGAGAAUGUUUUGGUCCUUCCGAUAGUUGGAAUCGGAGGCCUAGGAAAGACAGCAGUUGCUCAACUUGUCUUCAAUGAUGAAGAAAUCAAGAAUUAUUUUGAGCUAAAAUUGUGGGUGUGUGUCUCUGACAAUUUUGAUGUGAAAAUAAUUGUCGAGAAAAUCAUGGAGUGCGUAAAAAAUAAGAAACCAAAAGCCCUUGAAAUGAAUACAUUAGUCAAUGAUCUUCAAAAAGAAAUUAAUGGAAAAAGAUACUUGCUUGUGUUGGAUGAUGUGUGGAAUGAGGAUCUUGAAAAAUGGCUUAGGUUGAAAGAUAUUUUGAUGGGUGGCGCAAGAGGCAGUGGAAUAUUAUUGACUACACGCAUUAAAAUGGUGGCAGAGAUUGCACAAACUAUGCAACCGCACUUGUUAAAGGGUUUAGAUGAAAAACAGUCUUGGUCUCUAUUUAAGAAGAUGGCGUUUGUAGAGGGUGAAGAGCCAAAGAGUGCAAGUUUUGAAAAUAUUGGUAAGGAGAUUUUGAAGAAGUGUGGAGGGGUUCCGCUUGCUAUAAGAACAAUAGGAGGUCUGUUGUCUUUAAAAAAAUCAAAAAAAGAGUGGUUAUCAUUUAAAGAUAAUGAAUUUUCGAAAAUAUCACAGAAUAACAAUGGUAUUUUACCAACAUUAAAGUUGAGUUAUGAUUAUCUCCCAUCACAUUUGAAUCAAUGUUUUGCUUUUUGUAGUAUAUUUCCAAAGGAUUAUGAAAUUGAAAAAUCGAGUUUGAUUUAUAUGUGGAUGGCACAAGGGUUUAUCACGUUGUAUGACAAAACGAAAUGUCCAGAAGAUGUUGGUGAUGAGUAUUUUAUGGAUUUGCUUUGGAGAUCGUUCUUUCAAGAUGUCAAAGAAGAUGGCUUGGGCAAUAUAUCACAAUUCAAAAUUCAUGAUCUCAUGCAUGAUGUAGCAAUACAAGCAACAGGAUCAGAGAGCACCACCAUUUAUUCAAAAGAGAUAGACAUUGAUGAUAAAACUCAUCAUGUGUCAUUUGGGGAUACAUUAUACUCAUCAUCGGAAAUUCCGAUCUCACUAUCCAAAGCAAGAAGGAUAAGAACAUUUCUUUUGCCAUGUCAACCAAAGUAUGGUAAUAUAAAUACGGACCAUUCAACUUGUAGUGAAAUUAUUGCAAGUUUUAAGUUCAUACGCUUGUUGGAUUUGCAUAACAUGGGGAUUAAAACAAUUCCAAGUUCUAUUAAAAAGUUGAAACAUUUAAGAUAUCUUGAUCUUUCUCAUAAUAAAGCCAUUGAGAUGCUUCCUAAUUCUAUUGUGAAGUUGUACAAUUUGCAAACACUUAAACUCUCUCAGUGUGAUAAUCUUAAAGAAUUGCCAAGAGAUAUUAACAAAUUAGUCAACCUCAGGUUUCUUGAGAUUGACCAGUUUUCACGUUUAAGGUUUGUUUGGGAUGACGUGUGUUCGGGUUUGACUCAUAUGCCAAAUGGAUUGGGCCAGUUGACUAAUCUUCAAACAUUGUCAAGAUUUGUGAUAAGUAAGGGUAGGAUUGAUUCAGUGCCUAGGAGUUAUGGUGAAUUGAAGGAACUUAACAGGCUAAAUGAGCUAAGAGGAAAUCUGUCAAUUGAAAAUCUCAAACACGGAAAAGAUGCCGCAUUACAGUAUAAGGAUGCAAAUUUGAAAGAGAAACAACGUCUUGAUAGGUUGAACUUAAAUUGGGUAGAAGAAGACAUUGAUGAGGCGGGUGCUGGUUACAAUGACAUGUCACUGGAAGACUUGCAACCACAUAAAAAUCUCAAAGCAUUGAGUUUAAAGCAGUACGGGGGAGUGAGAUUUCCACAUUGGUUUUUGUCCCUCACGAAUCUUGUCCAAUUUGAAUUAGAUUCAUGUAAAAAAUGCCAAUAUCUUCCACCGUUGGACCAAUUGCCUUCUCUCAAAAUUAUCCGUUUGGACCGAUUGGAUUGUUUAGAACACAUAUCAGAUUCAGAGAGAGAUAACAGUGAUUCUUUAUUCUACCCAUCUUUGGAGAAACUCGAUAUUUUGCAUUGCCCUAAUUUAAAGGGAUGGUGGCGGGGAAGGAGGGAUUCUCUUCCUUCAUUUCCUCGUCUUUCUCAUUUAGAUAUUAGGGAUUGCCCUCAGCUGACUUCCUUUCCUUUGUUUCCAUAUCUCGAAAGUUUGUGGCUAAUUAAUUGUAGCUUGAAGCAGUCAUUAGAGAGGAUGAUGAUAAACAACAAGACUUCUUCAGGGAAUCUACCAUCAAUUGCUUCUUCUUCUUCUUCUUCUUCUACAAUUGUUGCCCCUCUCUCCAAAUUAAGUUACAUUGAAAUAGAGAACACGGAAGAAGCUUUGCCAGAGGAGUGCCUACCAAAUCUCAUUUCUCUCCGUACUCUAUAUCUAGUCAAAUGUCCUCUUCCUCAAGGCAUUCGAUAUCUUACGGCACUUCAAGAUCUGAAUGUUUGGAAGUCUGAGGUGGUUGAUUUAUCCAAUGAUUGGGAUGAGAUGGAAUGGCAAGGACUUACGACCCUUCUCUCUUUGCAUUUCUAUGAUCUUCCGAAGUUGGUCUCUCUCCCAACGGGGCUUCAAUAUGUCAGCUCUCUACAAAAUCUCCAUAUUGAGGAGUGUCCUAGUUUGAUAGCUAUACCGGAGUGGAUCUGCAAACUUAUAUCUCUUCAAUCUCUUCUAAUUUGGAAAUGCCCUAAUUUGGAAUCAUUGCCAGAAGGAAUCGGUGCCCUUACCUGUUUGCAGAAACUAGACAUUUGGCGUUGCCCUAAAUUGGAAUCAUUGCCAGAAGGAAUCGGUGCCCUUACCUCUUUGCAAGCACUAGAAAUUGGAGGAUGUCCCAUCUUACUGAAAAGAUGCAAGAAGCAAAUCGGGGAAGAUUGGCAUAAAAUUUCUCACAUUCCCAAUUUGUAUGGAGAUCUGUCUCGGCAAGAAGAAGAGCCAGAUGAAGAAGAACCAAACGAAGAAGCAAAGAAACCUGCUUGUCAGAAUUGGGACUUAAUUAAAGCUUUUGGGUGCUGCAAUUGUUCAACAACACAACAACUCACUCACUGAGUCAAUAUUACUAGGAGAAUUGAACUGGGCAACCGUGCCAUAGGAUUCAGCUCAUUGUACAGGCUUUUAUCAUGUACAUUUAUAUAGCCAGAUUUCAACAACAAUAUGUGGCUUUCUCAAGUGAUUCAUCAAUGGAAGUAACUCAUCACAAGACAAGAAGUAGAGAAUAAAUAUAGGGCCCCAUGUGUAAGUGUAGUGCUUUUGAUCUCAAAGUGCAUUGAGAUACAGAGAUGAUUGCUUUCAUACAGUUUGCAUAUAGCCUCAAGACUCCUGUGAAAGGAGGAAAUAGGUCAUGAGUGCAUUAAGCUGCUCACAUCCCAGAUAUUGAAAUUUAUUUUGGAAGGAUUUAGCUGCAGUGUGUAUACAGGUUGAUGAGUUUAUCAUUUAUUGGGCUCUAUAUGCAAAAACCUGAGGAGAAAUGAAUACUAAAGUAGGCAAGAUUUUAAAAGUGCAUGUUUUUUUUUCCAAACUAGACCAUGCGAAGUUUACACAGAAACAAGAAGAAAAUAAUGGCAACAUCAUCAACAAAGCGUUAUUCCCAAGUUUUGAGGUUACCAUGGAUGAAAGCUAUAGCUUGGUGUUACCACUCAAAGUAUUACCUGCUUUUAAGGAUAGCAUAAUUUCAUGGUGAAUGAUUUUUGGACUUCUCAACCAAAGUUGGUUUUCAAGGUGAAGGCAAGACUGUUUACCUAAACGAGUAAGAUCAAUUCUUUUAAACAUGAACUUCCUCUCUUUUUGGUCGCGGGAUGUUGGAAAGGAUACCAAGGCUUAUUUGACUGAACUCACUGGGAGAAUUAAUUCUUGCAACCAUGCUGCUGGAAUUAGCUCAUUGUAUAGGAAUUUUGCUAUUUCAAAUCCUUUUUAUAUAAUUGUUUUGAAGAUAUUUCCCCAUGGUCUCAGUGCUUAUUGAUGAAGACAUAAGGCAUUGGAAGGUUGAUGUUGUUAGAAGAACCUUCCUACCUUUGAAGCAAACAUCAUCCUAAACAUCCCUCUCAGCUACACCCUCCCAGAUGAUCAAAUCAUCUGGAUUGGAAACAAGAAAGGUGAAUUCUCUGUCAAAAGCGCUUACUAUGUAGCACUUCCAAUCAUUCAUCCAUUUAAUGAGGGUGAAAGCUCAAGAGAUGAUCCUCGCUCCCCUCUUUGGAGAAGGAUGUGGCUCCUCAACAUCCCAGCAAAGAUCAGAAUCUUCGCCUAGUGUGCCUGCAUGAAUGCCCUCCCCACUGUUCAUUUCCUAAGAACCAGAGGAGUAAGCACAGAUGGUAUUUGCUGUGUGUGACUAGUGCCCUGAAAAUACUCUGCAUGCCCUCAUACACUGUGACACUCCCAAAGAGGUGUGGAGCAAUUGGCUAAACUGUCCAGUGGAUUAGGAGACAAAUUCUGGGGAUUAUUUUGAUCUAGCACUUCAGUUCAUCACCAAUGGCACCACUCAAGACUUGGAAACUUUUUUUUCGUCACAGCCUAGCCUAUUUGGUACAACCGGAAUCAAAUGGUACAUGACUCAACCUCAUCACUUCCCAUCCAAAUAUGGGAAAGUGCUAGGAGAACUGUCAAGGACUACAAAGGCGCCUUAUUAACUGCAUUUCAGCUGAAAUCCAACCCAGCUUUGUGCUGGACUGCCCCCCUCCUGGCACUCACAAAUAUGGAAUUUGGCUAAAGGUGAUAUCAAGGUAAUACUGCAGGGAGAAUCAAAUCUUGCAACCAUGCUGCUGGAAUUAGCUCAUUUAACCUGUGUGUCUACAGGUAUGGGGAGUUUAUUAUUUAUUGGGUUCUAUGUGCAAAAGCCUGAGAAUAAUUGAUAAUACAGCAGACAAGAGUUUAGUACUGCAUGUUUUUCUAAAUCUACUUGGUACAAAAAUUAUGCAGAUGCUAAGAAAAAGAAUGAAUUGUUAUUUGAAGAUAUUUCCCCCAUGGUCUCGGCGCUCAUUGAUGAAGACACAAGGUGUUGGAAGGUUGGUGUUGUUAGAAGAACCUUCCUACCUUUGAAGCAUACAUCAUCCUAAACAUCCCUCUCAGCUACACCCUCCCAGAUGAUCAAAUCAUAUGAAUUGGAAGCAAGAAAGGUGAAUUCUCUGUCAAAAACGUUUACUAUGUAGCACUUCCAAUCAUUCAUCCAUCUAAUGAGGGUGAAAACUCAAGCGAUGAUCCUCACUCCCCUCUUUGGAAAAGGAUGUGGCACCUCAACAUCCUGGCAAAGAUCAGAAUCUUCGCCUGACUUGCCUGCAUGAAUGCCUUCCCACUAUGCAUUGCCUAAGAACCAGAGGAGUAAGCACAUAUGGUAUUUGCCCUGUGUGUGACUUGUGCCCUGAAAGUACUCUGCAUGCCCUCAUACAGUGUGACACUCCCAAAGAGGGGUGGAGCAGUUGUCUAAACUUUCCCGUGGAUUAGGAGACAAAUUCUGGGGAUUUUACUGAUCUUGCAUUUCAGUUCAUCACCAAUGGCACCACUCAAGACUUGGAAACUUUUUUUGUCACAGCCUGGCCUAUUUGGUACAGCCAGAAUCAGAUGGUACAUGAGACAACCUCAUCACUUCCCAUCCAAAUAUGGGAAACUGCUAGGAGAACUUUCAAGGACUACAAAGGUGCCUUAUCAACUGCAUUUUGGCUGAAAUCCAACAAAGCUUUGUGCUGGACUGCCCCACCUCCUGGCACUCACAAAUAUGAUGAAGAACCAAAGAAACCUACUCUUAAGAAGUGGGACUUAAUUAAAGCUUUUGGGUGCUGCAAUUGUUCAACAACUCAAUAACUCACUCACUGAGUCAAAUUGGCACAAGGUAAUAUUACUUGGGGAAUUGAAUCCGGUAACCAUGCUGUAGGAAUCACCUCACUGUACAGGCUUUUAUCAAGUACAUUUGUAUAGCCAGCUUUCUACGACAAUAUGUGGCUUUCUCAAGUGAUUCUUGGAUUUGAUGAGUUCCAUGAACAAAAGGAUUGUUUGGUGAGUGUUGUAAAAUCAUAAACAAGACAUUUUGAUUUCAUCUUUGCGCCAAUUUCUCAAAGUUGCUUACCAUACCAUGAAGUCUUUGCACUUUUUUCUCAAGGUUGCUUACCAUACCAUGGAGUUCUAGACAUUUCGAAAUAGGAAACCUGUAAAAUAUCAGGUAAUCAUAUUUCCAACAGUUGAGGUUCCAAAAAAAUUUGUAAAUAUGGUCUUGGCACAGAUUGGAUAUUUGAAUAUGUAUGUUUUUCAUUUUUUUUUUUUUAGUCAUGUUUAGGUAGGAUCCUUGAAGUAGUGAAUCCUGGAAUUGAGUAUAUGUGUACAGAAGUUUCAUUCUAUUAAGUGUUUAUUUGGUUUGCACGUC